UGUGGCGUUGGUGGAGGUGAUGAUAGACGGACAGUGUCGUCGCGAGCUGCUUCCCCAGCGGCAGAUUCGCCUUCUGGAGGGACACAGCGAGCAACGAGAAAUCCUUCCCGCGGGUCAUUUCGUCAUCAAUGCGUGCAACGUUCCCAGCGGCUACUGGGUUAUGAGGCCGUCCGCCGCGGCGCUUCUGUGCCGAGAAAUUGAAGAAACGUUAGAGCUGCAUUUUGUGAAUAUUCUGAGCAGGACGAUGUAUUAUCUGCGACGCCGUCAGGACAUUCCCUUUUGUGAUGACAAAGUGGAAAUGGAGUUUGAAGACAGACACGAGAGCUACACCAACUACCGGCACAAUUUACUCAAAAUACCUGCAGAGUCGGACGCUGAGGAUGAGCCGAAGCGGAAAAAGCCGCUGGGUGUCGGUGGAGGCGAUUUGGUGGUGCCUUUGGAUGUGCUGCAGGAGAUCUUUCGCUCACUGGACACCGUCGACCGACAGCGCUGCCGCCGGACUUGCUCGUUGUGGGAUGCCCUUCUCACGUCGGCGGAGCUGUGCCUGGACGUGCACGUGAAGCGGGAACUACCGAGCAGUCCCUACCAAGUGCAGUGGACGCUUAAUUACGCCAUGUACGCCUGCAUCUUCAAGCACAUCACGCCCGCCACCCGCACGCUCUCCAUCCGCGACAUGGACGAGUAUCGUCGUUACAGUUUCGACGGGGAAAGGAUCGAAGAACCACUGACCUGUAUUCAGAAGGUUCUGGACGCGGCCGGCUUGCGUCUGGGUCGUCUGAUCAUCGCCCAGUGUUCGCUGGAAUUUCCGAUGUCCGAACCGUAUGGACGAUGGCAGUUCAGCGCGCUGUUAGGCACAAACGCCGCACGCCUGUCCCAGUUGGUCUCGUGCUGUGAUCGUGUGAUAUGGACUACGUACACCCUCAAACUGGUGGACAAGAAGAGAGUGCCUUUGAUAAACAUCCACAUUCCCCGGACUGUCUUUGCGGCGGGGCGCGUCAGUGAGGCGCAUAUUGCGGACUUAUUUGAGCAGCAUCUGCGCUGGGAGGGACCGGCACUGGAUGUGCAGGACAUAGCCCAUUUCGUGGCCAAUCGCACUGACAGUGAACCGAAGGCCAAAACCGUGCUGCAGAUUUUGGAAGACUACCAGUCUUGUGAUCCUCGUCCGUCGGCACAUUAUCGGGAAUAUCAGUGGAGUGUGGACAAUGUGGUUAGCGUAGACGUCAGCAAACUGAACCGAUUCUGCCUGCAGGCCUUGUCGCACUACAGUACAUGCAGAACUGUUGCUCAGCAGCCGCGGAAUAAUAACGCAACAUGAUGAAGAAUCCAUCAAGAAAAAUUCCGGGGAGUGAAAUUUGUAAAUCCAUAUAUGUCAAUCCAUAUCCAUCCAUGACCAGUGCGUUCGAGUCUUUAUGCAUUGAUUAACUGGAAAGACAUAACUUUUUGUUCAUUUUGAUUAUGUUUCUGCACAUCUGGCAUUGAUUUAUCUAACUUAUGAUUAUGAACACACAAAUUCUUAUCUUAACGUCA